ACCCUCUACCCCUGCGUCGCCAUGGAAACGGAUAAACACCUUAUCAAAAAAUGUUGUUAUUGUUUUGGUCGGACUUCCUUAUCACCAAAUUCACCCACGAUUCGACUGCAGGAACCAGAUGGCCUUGAGCGCCUGUAAAAUUUUUUAGCGGUGCACAAGGUUGUGCAAACAUUAGAUGAGAGCCAGUGAUUUGAGGGUCGCAAAAAAUGAGUGAAAGUUCUGCACUAACAAGUUUGAGUUUUGAUUACUCCCCACAAGAUAAUGUAUACUCAGUUAGCGGUAGCAGCCUCCUGAACCGAUUGGAUUCAGAUGAUCUGCUGCAACUGAAGUUGUUUUUCUUUCCUCAUGAACGGGCUGGAUUAAAUGGAGAAAAGAAGUAUCGUUACAGUAUAAUGCAACAGGAAUCAUCAUACUGUGGUAUACCUUUGAAUAAGGAAGAAUUUGCGAGCGCUAUCAAUACAAUAAUUGGAAGUUGCGUCUAUGCAACAGCAGCUGCAAAUUUGUUCGAAAACUUAUCCAAAAACAACGAUGAAUCACAAAGUAAUCUGAUAUGGUGGGUGCAAAUAUUGGACGCUAUGAUAGAGGAUUGGGAUAAAAGUAAAGCUAUUUUGAAACACAUCGAUGAGGAAAGUGUAACAAUUUUGUCUGCAGAGCAUAGCAAGAGAGAAACGAUUAUUAAGAUAAUCCCAGUGGAGACAGAGCUAUCAUUCUGUUACAUCAUCAUUUGUAAAUAUGGCAGAGUAGGAAUUUACAAUAAAAAUCUGCAACUCCUUGACUCGUACAGUGUUGCGCUGGCAAAGGAGGGUAAUGAGGAGGUACAAAAAAUAUCCAUAAGCUGCUGGGUCACUGAUGCAAUCUAUCUUCCGGACGCAGUGGUUUUGCUCAUCGCUGGUUCAAAUCGCAGUCUCCAUUUGUUUGAUAUCUCAGGACUCAUUCACGUUCCAAUUGUGACGAUAUCUGGUAUGCCCAAUUCUCCAAGCUGUUUGCACUACAGUAAGGGAUCACCUUCAAUGCUGUUCAUAGGCGACGACCAUGGAAACAUCACAAUCCUCAGUUUUCUUAAACCGAAACACUCUCUGUUCAGCAAGAAUUCUGUAGAUGAAAGCAGUAACUACUUCUGGACAGAGCUACAAGAGCAAAGUGAGUAUGUAUCAAUAUCAGGAAAGUGUGGAGUUCACAUGGACGCAGUGCAACAAAUCUUGUAUUGUCGAGACAACAAUACUAUUGCCAGUUGCAGCUUGCAUGGAGAAACUUCUCUGAUCAUUCAACAUAUGAACAGUUUGCGGACUCCGUACAUUUAUCGACUCUCUAAGGGCAUCAAGUGUUUCUAUCUCAAUCAUAAGCUACGAAUCUUGAUAACCGGCAGUUCCGAUAAUCUUGUGAGAGUCUGGAAUCCAGUGGUUCCAAGAUUACCAAUUUGUUCUUUGAGUGGGCACAAGGCACCUAUUGUGGACGUAACCCUCUUGCAACAAAGCAAAACAGUUCUCAGUUUAUCAGCGGAUGGGAUUCUAAAAGAUUGGGACAUAGACAACCAGAGUUGCAUUCAGACAAUAGACUUGACUUUCCCUGCUUUCGGAAUCCCUGGAAAAUUGGUGGAGUAUGGAAGAAAGUCAAUUUACCCUGGCGCACCUGACAAAGACCCACCUCUUCUAAGACAACCAAAAUCUGGCCUAAUGCUGAUUACUGAUAUUUCCUCCUUGGACAUUGAAUCAUGUUCUUUGGCAAACGCCGAUCACAAGAAUGAAGAGGCAGAAGUUGCGACAAUUAAUAACGAUGAAAUUGGCAUCUACUCGUCGAUACUCGUUGCUUGCAGCAAUAACAUUGCAACAGUCAAACUAAUUGAAAGUUCUCUCCAAACUCCGCAUCAUGGCUCUUUAUCGGAGGCUGACCCUCAGCCAAAAACUCGACAGCGAACAAAAAAAGAAAAUGUAAACGAUCAACAACCAGAACUUCCCUCCACCCAAAUCUCUGAAAAGGAUGAUAUACCUCCACAAAGUUCAAAACCAGAGACACUACUGGGGAAGAAUGCGCUGGAGGUCCUCCCUCAAAUCAAAAUGCAAAGAGCAUCAAAUCUGGGUCUGAACCACAGCAGGGUUGAGCAAUACUCUUCAGAAAAGCAGAUUCAAUUUCUUGUGGAACAAUGCACACCGCACUUGGCGCUCAAGAUGAGCAAUUUGGACCAACUUCAAAUUCAACUUCAACCUCCGAAAAAUGGAUCACACAGACUUCAGGCACUGUUUAAGACUGCUGACAUGCCUGGUCCAGAGAGAACCAAAGUUAAAAUGAAGUUGGACCGACAAGAACUCACCCCAUCAAGAGUUUCGUCUUGCUCACUAACGUCUCACAUAACAGCACCUUCAUUGAAAUCUUAGUCCCAACAGACAAAACUUCGGGAACAAGAUAUAAGAGUACUGUUAUCCGCUUAGAAAAGUUUUAAGCUUAAUUUUAGGAAAAUUCAAGCUUUUAAAAUUAAAUUUCAAGGGAAACUGAAUAAUUUUGAAUGUUGAUUAUAUGUUUAGAAUUUAUUUUUCUCUUUUCUUGUGUGUAUGCUUCAAAGCAGGGAGAAAAUUAUAUCAUGACAACUACUGUCCCUGCCUAGGACAAACAAACAGCUAAAGAUCCCAGUAUUCACCCCUUGUAAGCAAGCAAUGAAGAUAGCGGUCAAAACCGCAUGUAUCCACCAAAGACAGGGAUUGAGACAUGCUCGAUGAUGAUGAGUUAAAGAUGAGCUUCAAAGAACAUAGGAACAAAGUUUGCAAAAACAUGGGUUUUGCUUUUAAUUUUUAAUUGGCUCCAUUACGACUGCCAGUAUAUUUCAAAAGUUCAUUCAUAAAAUAUUUCAGAAUUCACUGUAUGAUAGUCAGGGACUAAUUUCCUACUCUGAAAUAGUUAAAAUAAAUUUGGUAGACUUGAAAAA